AUGGAUAUGUCUAGCGACAAUUCGGCCAAUCUCCGAUAUUCUUGGGAGGAACCCGCAGCACCGAAAACUCAACUUGGAUCGAAUUUGUGUGCUACCUCGCCGAGUUUUGGAUUAGAUUACGCAGUUCCCCACAGCGUUUACCUCCCAGACACCCAAGCGGAGGAUGUCGCAGAUCCCAGCGUGCACAACAGGAUUCAGAAUAACAUCAGACCUUGCGCUACCAAUUGGGGGUUAUUUCAUAACUACAAUCCUCCGGCUCAUUUUGAUUGCGACAUUACCAACGACACCAUGGAGCCAGGGCAUCGUAUCCGCAUGAACUCGAUGGCCUCUAGUGCUUCUUCUCAAAGCUACAGUUUCACCGACGACAAACAAAUCUACCUUCACAGUAUCCAGCCGGAGGCACCAGAGGUUUUACUCGGGUACAAUACACCUUGUCGAACCGGAUCCCAGUCGAGCUAUGAGACCACCUACUCAUCCCACUACGACGAACGGAUUGCCCCUCAACCCCAUUCGAUAUAUCCUGAACAAACUCACCCAAGUGGCCUUGGCCUUACCACCUCCUGCUCCUUUGGAGGCUACCCCGAAAUCUAUGUGCAGCCAUUCCGCAAGGAUUUCAGGGCCAAAGCACCAGCAUAUAGCUUGGACAGACCUUACAAAUGCGACAAGUGCGGAUCAAGCUUCAGUCGGAAUCACGAUUUGAAGAGGCAUGCUCGGAUACAUUUGGAUAUCAAACCCUUUCCUUGCAGCUGUUGCGACAAGGCUUUUGCCCGCAAAGACGCACUCAAAAGGCAUCUGCUUGUCAAAGGCUGUACCAAGACCAAGGAAGCGACUUCACGCGGGAGUCCCCAAAGCCCUGAAAGGCAGAAGUUCACGAAAUCGCCGAACGCAUACGUCGGCCAGCAGGAUAGGUCGCGAUCCCGAGGCAGUGGCAACGAAACGCAGAGCUCACCAGUUCACGUUUCGAAAGCGACCGCCACCGGUAUUCCUUCGCAAUUCAAAGAGAUCAAACUUCAGAACAUCAAGUGCACCAUGCCUACCUUCAUGUGA